UACUCUGUCAACACGUGCACCCUGUAGUGAUGCAUCAAAUCAAGACCGUCCAAUCAACGUAAUGAAGUUGGUAGCCUUGGCUACUUCAGUUUUGAUAUUUGCGCUUGCCUUGUAAUAGUGCAUUUGGUGUCAGCAGAAGACGCCUAUUUUUAACUCUAGAAAGCUCCUCGCCUCAGGCUAUAUGGGCUGGUCCUCAGACCUCUUGGCACCUUGCCAGGGCCUCGCCAGAGGGAAAGAGCAGAGAGAGCUGUCUCCAUCUCCAAAGGGCAACAGUAGACCAGCCAGUCCGCAGCGAAGUGAUGGAUGUCGGAGCCAGGGAUGGCGAGGGACCGCUGCAGCGCAUCAUCUGAUCGUCAGUCAAGGAAGGGGCAUUCACUCCGAACCCUCCCUGUGCUAUUCCUGCUUAAAAGGUUUACCUAAUCCCAGAUGCAACAUCCAGCCUUUCAGCAAAAUCCAAAUAUGGACGGACCGUUGUGAUAUGAAGUAGGUAUCACGAGCAUAAGUGCGAGGGGAGGAGGGGGGCAGGCACAGGCUGGACCGCAGCUGCUUUGCUUUCGCAAAGUUAUCCUCGUUGACACCGGGGUGAGAGAUAAAGAAAGAAAGAAAGAAAGAGAACAUACAGACAGCAGAAGAAGAGAGAGCGCCGAGUCGGGUAGAAUGAGAGGGUCGAUUUUCUAGAGGAGGCUGCCCGUGUUCGGGGCAACACAGCACAGAGAAAGAGAGAGAGACGCCCCUCUCCAGCUCUCCUCUCCGUCACUUUCGAGCUCUUUUCAGACCGACGAGGACCAUAAUGGCGAAAAUGAGGGUGUCCUACGAGUACUCGGAGGCGGAGGAUAAGAGUAUCCGACUAGGACUGUUCCUCAUCGUCUGUGGCAUCCUGUCCCUCUUUAUCCUCGGGUUCUGCUGGCUCAGUCCCACUCUACAGAGCAUGCAGAGCAAACCGGCAAACUGCACCGUGGUGUCCGUGCUCAGACCGGAGGAGAUGUUCGAGUGCGUGUUCACGUGCGGGGCCGACUGCAAGGGGACGUCGCUGUAUCCGUGUCUGCAGAUAUUCGUCAAUAAUUCCGAGUCGAACUCCGUGGCUCUGCUGCACUUUGACGAACAGCAACUGGUGCUGAACCCUAAGUGCUCAUAUGUUCCUCCAUGUGAGAGGGACAACCAGAAGAACAGGGACAAUGUUCUGUGGUGGGAGGACUACUGGACUAAAGAGGUCAGCUCCCAAUCCUUCACCUGCUUCUUCAACCAGCAGAGAAGGCCUGACGACGUACUGUGGCGGCGCUCCCACGACGCCAGCGUCCUCCUCCACUGUGUCCUGUGGCCCAUGGUGAGUCUGCUGGUGGGCACCCUCAUCGUCCUUCUCACCGUGUGUGCCCGUAGCCUGGCCGUGCGCGCCGAGGCCAUCCAGAAGAGGAAGUGCUCGUACGAGCCGGCAGACAACUCCGAGCAGGGCAAGACGCCGCCCAACACCAACACCGCCUCCUCCCGGACCCUGCCGAUGUUCGCUGUCCCUGUCCGACGCAGAGACCGGGAACAGGAACACUAGAUGGAUGGAUGGAUGGAUGGAUGGAUGGAUGGAGGGAUUGAUUGAUUGUUGAUGACUGUGGUCUCAGUGGUGGCUGUUGUGUGAUGAGGACCUCAUAGAAGCGUGGAAUGUUUGAACUUCCAACGAUGACUGUUCUGAACACUCUUAUUCCGCUAGACUUGACUGAACUCGAGGCUCAUGCACCAGAAAUGCUUGUCUGUCUUGGCUUUGUGUGUUUAUCUACUUGUGUAAGAGCCAUUGUGCCAGUUCAACUCUCAACUGGUGGAGACAUUUUCUAAUGCUAUGUGUAUUACAAUGUGUUGGUUAUGUCUUAUGAAUAAGCAAAAAUCAAAAAAGGACAAUGCUGCUUUCUGUCACUGGUCAUGUUUUGGACAGGUCUGUGUUACGUGUUGAGCCUCUGUGUCUGUGCUGAUUGUACUGCUGUUGCGUUUACUUCACUAUAGCUGACCUCAGUCUCAAACUGUCACAGUUCACUGACUUACACACAGGAAAUGUCUGUGACCUUUGAACGCUCUUUAACUAGACUCUUCAUUACAAGCCCCUGGUCGUAUGAAAGGGAUUGCGAGGGCAUCCCGGCCAGGACCACCUAAAAGGAAUCUUCGACACCAGUUACACAAAAUGUCAGUGCUUUGUUUAGAGAGAAUGUGGUGAAAGGAAUUCUGGGUGGGAGUCCUUCUACUCCCUGGGACUACAGAGCCAGAAGCAGACCUUGGUCUGGUCACCCCCAGCAUGAUGAAAUGUCUUCUUCUCUGGGUGGUAUUAGGAAGUGUUUAAAAGCCUAUCUCACUGCUACUGUUCUUGAGCACCUCAGCCUGGAUUGAAACAAAUCGCAACAAUGCGUAUAUUACUUCUAAAGGCCCAUUGCGGUUUGUUUUAAUCCGGUUCCCCCUCUACUCUCUGUACCUCCUGCUUUUUUGCUUAACCUGUUUCUAACAAUGCUUCUUUAAGGCAUCUGUCCAACUACAGCCAACCCAACCGCCAUGGACUGAAUAUGGCUGUUGGGUAUUUUCAGUUGGCUGCCGCAGGACAUAUUUGCACCUAGUUUGUCCCGGUACAACAUGUCGAAUCUGCCACGGACAGUUGGUCUGGGUUGGGGACAAAAAGUUGGGAUUGUUAGUUGUCUGUGGUUGGAUAGAUGUGCAGAUGCCUUUACUGUAGCAAUUAACUCUGCAGUCUGUCUCCCGUUUUACCUUCUGUCAGUUAGUGGUUUUAGUUUUUCACGAUGCAAAUUGAAUGGUUUUCUUACCACAGUAGCAGAUUUUUGCACCGUUUUGAAUAGUUUGUUGUCCGUAUGUGUUACCGCAAGCUCUCAGAUUGUUUUUGAACAGUUAGUGCAUCCACAGAGGGAAAGCAUGAAAAAAAAUCUGGAUGCAGUUUUCCAUCGAUUAGAUAAAAAAAUAUAUAUAUUCAGAUCUGACUGAAAAUCUUGCUCCAAAGAAAAGGUUUGCUCUCUGAAUUGUAUUAUCGGAUGUAGUUUCACUUGUGUAUUUUAUACAAAAAUAAAGUAGCUAAGACAUUGUUGUCCUUUGCUAAAAGAUGAAUGAUAUUUCAUACGUAAAGCCAUAUGCUGAAAAUGUGAUUGCAGGAAGCGGCGGCUCUAGGCGUUUCUCAGGCCUCUUAGAAUUUGAUCUGUAACAGUUGUACUAAACUACAUGUUUUGUGUUGGAAAGAGAACGUUUUUUUUAAAAAGCCAAUCCAUAAACCUCUGCUGCAUAAUGAUGAUUAGUAGUGCCUGAUAUAGAUCUUUAAUAAAACAAUAAGAGAUA